GCGGGGCUCCGGGGCUGCGUGCUGAGAUCCGCCGCGGGCCGCAUGGAAGCAAAGACUCUUGGAAUUGCAACACCCAGAAAACCUGUCUUAUCUGUCAGUGCAAGAAAAAUUAAGGACAAUGCAGCUGAUUGGCAUAACUUAAUCCUGAAAUGGGAGACCCUCAGUGAUGCUGGUUUUACCACCGCGAGCAAUAUUGCCAACCUAAAAGUCAGCUUGUUGAGUAAAGAGAAGGUUGAGUUAGAAAGCAGCAGCCCAGCUUCCAGUGAGAAGGAAGAAAAGAAUCUGGACUACAGCAAGGAACUUGAAGCACUGUGUGAGGAGCUGCAGGCCACCUUGGAUGGCUUGACUAAAAUUCAAAUGAAAAUGGAAAAGCUGUCUUCAACCACCAAGGGUGUUUGUGAACUAGAAAGUUAUCAUUACAGGGGAGAAUGUAACCGGCCUCUGCUGUUUCACACAUGGCCCACGGCCUUCUUUUAUGAGGUCUCCCACCGGCUCUCUGAGGCAUACAAGAAGGAGCUCCUCCUGAAGCGCACCAUUGGCACAGAGCUGGCCCAUACAGCCGACCGCAACCUCAGCCUCACCUACCUGUCCAUAUGGCUGCACCAGCCUUACCUAGACAGUGACAGCAAGCUGCAGCUGGAGAGCAUGCUGCUCGAAACAGGGCACCGGGACCUGUGACUCCCGGCCUCCAGACCACAGCUGCACAGAACUGUUGUGCCCCAGGCCCGCACUGCAACCUCUGCAGACACACAGGCGUGUGUGGAGGCCUCCCCGUCUGCUCUGUCCCCGGGCAUCAUGUGAGCACCAUGAAAUAAAUUAGAAGGAUGGCUGAGAGCCUCAUUUUGUAAACUGAGUAUACGGUACAUGUUACACCUGUGUAGACAACCCCGGUUUCCGAUUUUUACUUUGUAUCUGCACCUUUUUUGUGGUGGUGGAAAUCAAACCCAGAUCUCACACAAGCCGAAUGCUUAACCACUGGGCCACAUCCCUAACCUGCACUUAAAAUUCGGAGAAUGUUUUAGUUCGGUAAUUGUAAGUAAAAUCCCAUGGACACUUGAAGUCUAAAAUCUUA